UAGCCUACAUGUGGGGGACUCAUUAGAACAAUAACCAUUGUUUGAAAACCAGAUAGCUCUGCGUAGUACAGUCCAUCCAAGAAGUAUAACCUGACCGUCUUGUUUUGGAAGUGUCAGAGAUUCGAUGUGUCUGACUUUGUCGUUUCUGUACAGAUGUAAAAGUGUCCGGUUUUGGCACCUUACGCACACGCCAAUUCAAGACUCUUUCAAAACAGUCUUUCCCUGUCGCUGGCGUACGGUGUCGAUGGAUGAGAUAGUCGCUGUCCACUCCUGUCAGGUUCUGGGGGUGUCAGAGGACUAAGGUGGCGCAUACCCCCUAUUCUAGCUCCAGCUCAAGGCAACUGUUUCAGCGCAGACAUAUCUAGGCUCAGCUACUAUCUACGCUUUAUAGCAUCCAGUAUUUUUUAAUACUAUUACUUAUAGUGAUUCUUAAUACUACUCUCAUCCAGAAUUUCCAUAAAGUGUUGAAGUGUCUAGUGAAAAAUUGACAAUGUCGAAUGACCAAUGCCUGGUCAUUGGUGACUCCCAGACAAAAUUCUUCGAGUUGUACUUGAAAAAAGUCAAAUGCGAGUUCAAGGUUGGUGUGGACUCGAAAUUUCGGCGCAAAAUACAAGAUGUGGAUUGUGUUCCUGAAGCAGUUAAGCACAACCAACACAUCAUUUUACACUUGGGUACAAACAAUUUGUCUGAUGGAGAUGCACCUAGCACUAUUGUCGGACGCUUUGAGAAAUUGAUCGAUGACAUCAGACGUGUGAAUACCGAUAGUAGUAUCUACGUGUCAUCAAUUCUUCCUCGAGCAGUGAGUGGCUUUUCGGGGUCGAAAAUGUCUGCUGAGAACAUUGUUUUUCUCAAUGAGAAAGCGAGAAGGACCAAUUAUCUCGUCACACUUGCUAUUUCAAGAAUCGAACGCUGCCACGUUAUCAACAACAACUCACUUUUCAUGGACUCGUUGAAUGUUGUGAAAACAGGUCUCCUUUCCAAAGACGGGCUCCACCUACAAAGAGCAGGGAUCAUCGCUUUAAUAGGUAAUGUUAUUUUUAGCGUUUGCAGUAGAUUGAGAGAGUGUCCACCUCAUCUCCCAUCUCUCUUUAAUUAUGAAUUGGCUUUUCCUCCUUUGUGUCCGCAACAAAUGUCCAGUCUCACGCCCUCCGCUCCACUCCCUCUUGCUACAUCAACAAUUGAUGAUGAUGCUACAUCAUACCGUGAUGCGCUCAUUCUACAUGAAGCAGUUGAGGAACCAAAACCUCAACCGAAAUCUUGUCAUCCUCGAAUCCAACCCAAAGUGACCAAACCCAGACCGCCGGUCACUAUUGAACCUGUACUUUCAUCUCCUUCUCCUGCCAAAUUAAUCGAUCCUGAUGGUUACCAACUGGUUACUUGCAGAGGAAGACAUCACCGAAUUUCCAUGUCUCGUCAUCGUUCCAGCCAGAUCAAUUCCAUGUCUGAAGGUAUAUAUUCAACUUUGCGAAGCUCUUCUCCUUCCUUAUCGCAUGAGAGCAGUAAUGAAUCUGCAAGAGAUCAAAUUCCUGAUAAAUCACUUGUUCAUGAUUCAUCAGAUGCCAGCUGCGCUCAGCCCCUCAAUCAUUCUCGCUCCUCCAAGCAGAGAAGACGUAGAAGAAGGGGAGCUGGGUCCAAGUGGAAUUUGACUGACAAUAAGAAAGUGAUGAAGAAGGAAUCUGACAAGAAGCUGAGAAAAUUGAAUGCUGUUUAUGAGAAAAGAAGGGGAAUAACUUUGAAGAAUGAUAAUACUGAAUACGACUGGAAUGAGGCCAAAGAAUGGAAUUCUAUGGCUAUGAAAAAGAUCUUGGCUGGAACGAUGAAGAGCAAGGGAAAGAAAUGUGAUGAGACAUCACCAAAAAUUGCUGGUGUUGAAAGAGUACCUCCUUAUGUUCCUUCUCGUGAAGCCUAUCCUUUUGCUCCUAAUAAAUCCUGCGCCUUCCAGCAGCUUCAAUUGAAGCAACUUUUGAAUGGUGGAGGUGACGGUGGAGACUACCCUUAACAAUGUGAUAGAUGUAAGAAGAUUUAUAA